AUGGCCGGAGGAGGCGACCUGAAGCUGCUGGGCAUGUGGGCGAGCCCGUUCGUCCUCCGGGUGAAGCUCGCGCUCAGCUUCAAGGGCCUGAGCUACGAGUAUGUAGAGGAGGACAUCGUCCGCGGCAAGAGCGAGCUGCUCCUCAAGUCCAACCCGGUGCACAACAAGGUACCCGUGCUCAUCCACAACGGGAAGCCCGUCUGCGAAUCGCUGAUCAUCCUGCAAUACAUCGACGAGGCCUUUGCCGGCACUGGCCCGUCCCUCCUCCCUUCUGACCCCUACGAACGCGCCGUUGCUCGCUUCUGGGCCGCCUACAUCGAUGACAAGCUCCUGCCCUCGUGGCUGCAGUCGUUCAGGGGCAAGACGGACGAGGAGAAGGCGGAGGGGCUGAAGCAGACGCUUGCGGCGGUGGACCAACUGGAGGCAGCCUUCAAGGAGUGCUCCAAGGGUAAUAAGCCCUUAUUCGGCGGCGACAGCGUUGGGUACGUGGACGUGGCGCUAGGCAGCCUGGCCUAG